CGAAGCGGUGCGCUUGACAAGCGAAUGAGCUGGGUAGCAGCAGCAGCGGACUCGAGGCAAGAAAGGAAGGAGAAAAACCAAUCGAAGCAGGAUCGCCGUGACAGCUACGCUUUUUCAACAACAUAGAAACAAAUCCAGUGUUUUCAGACCAUGUCUUUUUAGACCAAGCCCGCCGUCACCAUGACAGCAGAGGAGAUCAUCAAUGUGAAGGAGGUGGAGAUCAUCAAGGUGAUCCUGGACUUCCUCAACUCCAGGAAACUUCACAUCAGCAUGCUGGCUCUGGAGAAAGAGAGCGGAGUCAUCAAUGGACUCUAUUCUGACGACAUGCUGUUCCUCAGACAGCUGGUGUUGGAUGGGCAGUGGGACGAGGUGCUCCAGUUCAUUCAGCCGUUGGAGUGCAUGGACACGUUUGACAGGAAAAGGUUCCGUUACAUCGUCCUGAAGCAGAAGUUUCUGGAGGCCCUGUGUGUGAACAACGCCAUGUCUGCUGAGGACGAGCCACAGCAUUUGGAGUUCACCAUGCAGGAGGCAGUGAAGUGUCUUCAUGCUCUGGAGGAGGUCUGUCCCUCUAAAGAUGACUACAGCAAGCUAUGUCUGCUCCUCACCCUGCCUCGUCUCACCAACCACGCUGAGUUCAAGGACUGGAACCCCAGCACGGCGCGGGUGCACUGUUUUGAAGAGGCAUGCACCAUGGUGGCAGAGUUUAUCCCUGCAGACAGGAAGCUGAGCGAAGCUGGAUUCAGGGCCUCAGGGAACCGCCUCUUCCAGCUCCUCAUUAAAGGAGUUCUGUAUGAGUGCUGCGUCGAGUUCUGCCAGAGCAAGGCGACAGGCGAGGAGAUUACGGAGGGCGAGGUGCUCCUGGGGGUUGACAUGCUGUGUGGGAACGGCUGUGACGACCUGGACCUGUCCUUACUGUCCUGGAUGCAGAACCUGUCCCACAGCGUCUUCUCCUGCGCCUUCGAGCAGAAGCUGCUUCAGAUCCACGUGGACCGCCUGGUCAAGCCCGCCAAGGCCGGCUACGCAGACCUUCUCACCCCGCUAAUCAGCAAGCUGUCCCCCUACCCCUCCUCGCCCCUCCGCCGCCCCCAGUCCGCCGAUGCCUACAUGUCCCGCUCCCUGAACCCGGCCCUGGACGGGCUGUCCUAUGGUCUGUCUGGCCAUGAGAAGAGGGGCCCAGGGGGGGACAUGGCGGGGGGGAAGGGGGUGUCCCCCAUGUCUCAUUCCUUCGCUAACUACCACACGGGGGGCCAGAGUCUGAGCAGGAGUCUGAUGCUGGAGAGCUCCGACUGCCACAGCAUCUUUGAGGAGUCGCCUGAGAGCUCCAGGACGGACACGCCCGUGGAUAAGAUGAUGAGUUCGGGCACCCUGCGCCCUGACUCCGCCCCUGGAGAGGACGCCCCGUCACCAGGCUCUACAGAGAGGAACGAGCUGCAUGACUCGACAGAGAAGUUUGAGGAGUUUUACCGCCAGCGUCUGAGAGUGCAGCAGCACCUGGAACAGAAGCAGCAGCAGAGACAACUCUACCAGCAGAUGCUUCUGGAGGGAGGGGUACAACACAGUGACCAGCCAGCCCCCGGGACAGACGCCAUGCAGCACAGCCUCACUGAGACGUUCCUCAACAGGUCUAUUCAGAAGCUGGAGGAGUUGAACGUUGGGAUGGAGAGUCUAGAGGAGGAUGUCCAGUCUCUGGCCCAGCAGUGCAAUGGUACCGGCCCCUCUCCCGAGAACAACAAUAUCGGUGACCCUGUAGGCUUGACCCCUGACCCCGCCGUGACCCUGACCCCCGAGCAGGGCCAGCCCCAUGGAGGAGGGGUGGUCAGCAGCACGCCACAACACACCGCAGCGGGUCGGGGGGUACACCCACCGAACGAAUCCCCAGUGGUCUGCCAGAGUCCUCAAGUAGCCGGACAGCCUUCCGCAUUAGACGACUCACCAGGAGCCCUAACCCGAAGUAAGGAGGGGGACAAUGGGGACAAGUCCAAGGCCCUGUUUGUAGCUGUGAACACCUUGGAGGACACUCAGGCAGUGCGCGCUGUAGCCUUCCACCCCACGGGGGCGCUAUACGCUGUGGGCUCCAACUCUAAGACGCUACGCGUGUGUGCCUACCCAGAUGCACCGCUGGACACCAGUGGGGUGUCGGGUAUGACCAAGCAGCCGGAGGUUCGCUUUAAGAGGAAUAAGCACCAUAAAGGUUCUAUCUACUGUGUGGCCUGGAGUCACUGUGGAAAGCUACUAGCCACCGGCUCCAAUGACAAAUACGUCAAAGUCCUGCCCUUCAGUGCCGAGACCUGCAACGCCACAGGUCCAGACCUGGAGUUCAGUAUGCACGACGGUACCAUCAGAGACCUGGCGUUCAUGGAGGGACCAGAGAGUGGAGGGGCCAUCCUGAUCAGCGCCGGAGCCGGAGACUGUAACAUCUACACCACUGACUGUCAGAGAGGACAGGGCUUACACGCUCUCAGUGGACACACAGGUCACGUUCUGUCUCUGUAUACGUGGGGAGGGUGGAUGAUAGCGUCAGGCUCUCAGGACAAGACUGUGAGGUUCUGGGACCUGAGGAUACCCACUUGUGUUAGAGUGGUGGGCACUGCCUUCCAUGGAUCAGGAAGUCCCGUUGCCUCGGUAGCGGUUGACCCUAGCGGUCGUCUCCUAGCGACGGGACAGGAGGACAGCGGCUGUAUGCUCUAUGACAUCAGAGGGGGACGCGUUGUGCAGACGUACCGGCCCCACUCCAGCGACGUGCGCUCCGUUAGGUUCUCCCCCGGGGCACACUACCUGCUCACUGGUUCCUACGACACCAAGGUCAUGAUCAGCAACCUGCAAGGUGACUUGACGAAGCCGUUGCCCCUGACUCUGGUAGGGGAGCACGGUGACAAGGUGAUCCAGUGCAGGUGGCAUACACACGACCUGUCCUUCCUCUCCUCCUCCGCUGACCGUACCGUCACACUCUGGACACACAACACCUAACAGACACACAUGACCGGUCCUUCCUCUCCUCCUCCGCUGACCAUACCGUCACACUCUGGACACACAACCCCUAACAGACACACACGACCGGUCCUUCCUCUCCUCCUCCGCUGACCGUACCGUCACACUCUGGACACACAACACCUAACAGACACACAUGACCGGUCCUUCCUCUCCUCCUCCGCUGACCGUACCGUCACACUCUGGACACACAACCCCUAACAGACACACACAACCGGUCCUUCCUCUCCUCCUCUGCUGACCGUACCGUCACACUCUGGACGCACAACCCCUAACAGACACACACGACCGGUCCCUCCUCUCCUCCUCCGCUGACCGUCACACUCUGGACACACAACCCCUAACAGACACACACUCACGCAACACAACCCCUAACAUGCACAUAGCUUGUGAACACACACAAAUAUAGACACACAAACACAACCCCUAAGUCACAUAUAGUGGACAAGCAUAACCUGUAAUACACAACCUAGACACACACAUGCACCCUUUUCCUGACACUCUUUUUCCUCUUGCAGCAAACAGGACAGUUUGUCCCGCUGUACAUUUGGUUGUGUGGCUGUCUGUGGGUAUCUUUUAGCUGUAUUUAGGUUUGAUUUCGUAUCUUGCUCAGCUCCCCUCAACAUCACUGCUUCUGUGAACAACUCUCACUUUAGCAAAUGCAUCCCCUAGUUGUGUGUGUGUGUGUGUGAGUGAGUGAAAUGGAGAGAGUGAAAAAGUGCACCAACUGACCCUUCCCUUCGCUCUAUCACGCCAUUCUUCCACUCGCCCAUGACUCUUCACAUAUUCAUCUACAAAUGAUACAUCUACUCCAUCAUGUUUUGAAUAAGGAGAGGGAGGUUUUGCUACAGUGCAUUGUUUCAUAUGGUGUCUUGAGUUAUCCAGUCUCCCAAUACAGAAACCCAUGUGGGUCCCUCUUCAUUUCAGGUCAAAAAGUGAAGUUAUCUGUGAGAUCUUUUCAAGAACAAAUUGACAUUCCUAAUUAGUUUGCACAGUCAGUGUUUUUGUUACAGCGUGUGUUACUAUGCUGCUAUUAUUUGAGAAGAAACCAAGGCAACGAUGUUGCCAUCUAAACUGCUGACAAUAUGUCAGUGUGUGACUCCGUACAUCAGGUCCUCCUUGCCGGAGUUGAAUCUGUUGCAUAGGUCGAUCAAUUAGCUAUCGGUUGCUUAGCUGUUGUCAAUACUACUACUGUGGGAGUUUCCGAUGCCUAACGUUACUGUGCAAGUCUGCCCACCGUAUUUCUGCUUUAGGCUUUGUAAAUAUCGGAGUCAAAAAUGUGUAAGUUUUUAAUGCUGAAUCAGUGUUUGGUGCAAAAUGCUGUCUUCAGACAGUUGUUGUGGUGUUUCUUGCUAUGGCUUGCCUGCAAAUAGGAAAAAUAAAAGUUGUUUUAUAUCGACUUGGAAGGGAAUAACAGAUCUACUUGUUGGCUUGGCCAGCUUCAGCGUGCGGUUAAGCAACGCUCCCUAUGUAGUGCAGCUUUGCUUUCAUCUGCAAUGUUACUGGUUGAUACCUAGAUGGCAGGCUCUGCCUAUUUCGAAAGGGAGUGGCGUGUGCACAAUAUCUUCUAAAACCAUCAACCGUAUUAAGGGUGUUUUGCCUUUCUUACUUUCAUUUUCUGUAUUUUGCACUUUGUCACUAGACACACCAUUUAAUACAGUUUUGUUUGAUUUAGCAAAAUGCAGGCUUGAGUUUUAGGCUUUGUUCUUUGUACAGUUUCUCAUUUUAAAUUAAAAGGCCAAACUAAUAAAUAGAUGUAUUUAUUUAUCUUUUAUUAUUUUAAAAUGUUCUUGUAAUAUAGGCAUCCUGUUCUGUUGAUAUGAAAUUAGAUAGUGGUUCCGGUAUGUAGCUUUUCUAAACUUGUUUUAAGUGACUAAGAGAAAUGAAUAGAGCUUAUUGAAGUGUGAUCGCUGCUGUGGUAUCUAAAUAAAAUCCUCUUUGACAUUUCA